AUGACGACCGUUGAAUUUGGAGGAGGUCCAUCGUUGAAAUCACGUAAACAAUUCGCUAACCUAAAAGAAGGUUCUCAUGUGCCAAAAUAUACUGGACAUAUUCAUCAGAUUCGGUUUCGACAAGGACUCACUUAUGGUGAGCAAACGCGUCGAUUGUUCAACGAAUAUCCCCAAUUAUCACGCUCAGUACCUGAUAUAUCAUUAAGAACCGAAAAAAGACGGUUACAAGAACAAAAAGCGAAUGAAGAUCCUUAUGAGACACACGAAUUUCCAGAUGGACUUCUGCCAGGCUACACUGGUUAUAUUCCACAACGUAAAUUUCAACAUGGUGAUCGUUAUCGAGUUGAAACAGACGAAUGUGUAGCAAAUUCAAAACAAGAUUAUGGCGAAGGAAAGCAAAAAAUAAAUAAUUUACAAAGAACAAUUGCUUCUUAUUCAAAACCAUCGAAUCUUAACAGUAAUCGAAUUGUCAAACAUUUUCUAGACUAUCAUCGUGCCUAUCAUCCAAGUGAAAUGUCAAAAAUGUCUGAUAGAAGAUUGUUCACCGAACCACCAAUACCUGGUUAUCAGGGUUAUAUACCUCGAAUUCGACCAACAGAACUUGGGUUAGGAACGCGAUAUCAUGAAACAACACGAAAAGGUUUGAACCGUUUUGCAUUAGAAACAGAACAUUCAAUGACAAACUGGCCCAUUUCUCUAUCGGACACAAAUACGGCAGAUCCACAUAGACAAGAGUAA